UUUGCAUAUUGGAUAAGAUAUUGUAUUAUAAAAGAAUCAGAAAGAAGGAUUCUCCAAGUUGUCAAGGUUCGUUCAUGUCAGAACUCAAUAGUCAGGUUCCUUCCACGUUCGAUCCAUUCGCUGAUGCAAAUGCAGAGGAUUCAGGAGCUGGCACAAAGGAUUAUGUGCAUAUUCGAAUUCAACAACGUAAUGGUAGAAAAAGCCUGACAACAGUACAAGGUUUGAAGAAGGAAUUCAGCUAUAGUAAGAUUCUCAAAGAUCUUAAGAAGGAGUUUUGUUGCAAUGGUACUGUCGUUCAAGACCCCGACCUAGGCCAGGUUAUCCAACUUCAAGGUGACCAGCGGAAAAAUGUGUCAACUUUCCUUGUUCAGGCUGGCAUUCUGAAGAAGGAUCAGAUCAAGAUCCAUGGUUUCUAACCGUUAUUAUUACUUUCUCUUA